GCGACGGCGUCAUAUAAAAGCUAGCCAACCAGCUCGCCCAGCUAGCCUAGCUUCCUCGCUAGAUAUUUCCGGCACCCAGCAUUCUCCACCGGCCGGCGACCAAGAACGCGCGGCGAGGCUGCGCCCGCGCGCGAUCCACGCCACCCUCCGCGCCGGACCAGAUGGACGACCUGGCGGCGCUGGCGCGCGGCGAGGGGUGGACGGAGGAGCGGCACGCGGCGUUCCUCGACCGCAUGGAGCUCUCCUUCGUCAGGCAGGCGCUCGCCGGCAGCGACGUGUGCCAGGCGUCCCGCAGGCUGGGGCGCCGGCCAGCGGCGACGCAGGCCGAGGGCGGUGGCCAGCAGGUCCCGGCCGCCCCGCUCCCGCUCGACCGGCCCCUGCCCGACAGCGCCGUGGAGUCCAACCGGUCGGGGCCGGCGGCCCGGCGGCGCGCGGCCAGCGACGCGCGCCGGCCCGUGGAUCCGGCCGCAGCAGGUUGGUGAAGCCCCCCGGCGCUCGCGCUUGCCUUUCGUACCGCAAGGCUCUGGAGAAUCGUCGCACCAGAAGAUGUUUGCAUGCUGAACAGGAACUGAAAGGAUAUCGGCGUUGGACUUUAGCAUACAGGCGAAUUGCAUAUAAAAUAAGCGUUGUAUAAAUAGGAGGAAAAAUAUCUUGCUAUUCACCACACACCAGCAGAUGAUUUGCAGGCUGAACAAGAACACAAAUUGUGUUUCGCAGACGGCUGGCAACGGUGACUCCUGAAAUUAGAUGAACCAGAUAAUAGGAAACCUUGUAUUUUAGAGGAGGAGUAAUAUUGAUUGCCACAAGUUCUUGGUCCACAAUCUUGUGAGUUUUAACUUUUAACUUCUUCACGGGAAGUAUUUUAGCUGCACAUCACUGCUGCAGACAAUGAUCCCCAGCUUAACCCCUUUCCACUCGGCAAAGUUCGCUGGUGGUGAAUUGGUGACUGAGCAAAUGGUAUUUAGCCCGGGUUUUCCGAAUGGAUUAUCUGAAAUUAAAUAGUUCAUUUCACUUUAGCUGCCUGAA